AAAUAUUUUACAUUAUUGAAAUAUAACCAAAUCCGCCAAUUCCAUUAAAUUAUGAGCAGCAGCAACAGCGGAUACCAGGCACCCGGGGGAGGAAGUGGCGCGGGUAGUCACCAUACCAGGGGCCGGUACCCAUCGCACCACCGGGGUGCCAACGUUGGUUCAGGAUUAACCAAUACCCGCGGCAGAGGCAUGGGGCGUGGUCGAGGCCGCGGCGGCAUUGGAUCCCAGCAGCCGGGAGACCGCUACGACAGCAACGACCAUUCGGACAAACCCACCAGCAGCGGGUUCCACCACAGCACCCGAGGGUCAUCACGAGGUGGAGGACCAUCACCGGGAUCACGCAAUCCCGGAGACCACCACCAUCAGGCAGGAGGCACCGGCGGCAUUGGCGGCGGCAUGGGUAAACCAGGCCACUUGGUAUCGAUAAAAGCCACAGUACCGACACCCGUUAGCAACACAUCCUGGCGUGUGUUUUACGCAAUGCCGCAGAACUCGCGGCAGGAGGUCGGCCCGUCGGGUGAUAAGAUCCCGGGUCCAUUUAGUCCGCCGCUGCGCCCGUCCACACCUGAACAAGCGGCGUCUGCGCCGAGAAAUCCUCAGGACGUUUUGCGCAAACAGAAUGAAACACAUAUGAUGAAGCAGAGGGUACAGCAGCUGCUCCAGCAGGCUGCGAAUAGUCCAGCAGGUAGCAUGGGCACGUAUGUGGGCAAGUUGUCGCAGAGUAACAACAACCUGAUACCUGUUCUUCCGCGCUUGGAAGCUUGAUUAAAUGCAAAUUGUUUUUUUUGAGUGAGAAUAGUUGAAGUUGAAAUGAUAAUAAUAUAAA